AAAGUAUUUUUUUUUAUAGAUUCCAAUAUUCAAUUAAAAGAAAUAUUGUAUAUAAGAUGGCCCCUAUAUUAGUCACUGGUGGUACCGGGUACAUUGGUACAUUUUCCAUAGUCGACCUUCUUGAAAAAGGAUAUGAUGUCCGUACAACUGUGAGAAACCUUGGUAGAGUUGAUGAAUUGAAAAAGUCAAUCCUCAAACUCACCCCUAAACUUACUAGUGCCCAACUUGAAGAUAAGGUUUCUUUCUAUAAGGCGGACCUUACUUCUGAUGAAGGUUGGAAUGAGGCUAUCACUGGAGUUGAAUAUAUUCUUCAUGUUGCUUCUCCAUUCCCAAAUUAUGAACCAAAGGAUCCAAAUGAAUUGAUUGUUCCUGCUAGGGAAGGUGCUCUUAGAGUAUUACGUCAUGCAAAGAAGCUUGGUGUCAAGCGUGUAGUUCUCACAUCUUCUUAUGCUGCUAUCGGUUAUGGACACCCUAAUGGGUCUAAGAUUUCUGAAAAGGAUUGGACGAAUGUUGAAAAGAUGGGAAGUGCCUAUGUCAAAUCUAAGACACUUGCUGAAAAGGCUGCUUGGGAUUUCAUUAACGCUCAAGAUCACGACUCUCAUGCACUUGAAUUGGUGGUUAUCAACCCUACUGGUGUUUUUGGUCCAAUCGUUCCAGGUUCAACCACUUCUUCCACUUCAACUGAGAUAAUCACAAAGCUUUUAGCUGGUGAGAUGAAAUACGGUGCCCCAAAAAUCUCAUUUGGGUUAAUUGAUGUUAGAGAUGUGGCUAGAAUACAUGUUGAAGCUAUAAAGAGUGAAAAGGCAAAGGGUGAAAGAUUCAUCUUGGUUGCUCCUCCAAAGGAAGUUACUUUACUUCAAAUGGCUACCAUUUUGAGACAAGGUCUUAAAUCUAAUGAUCCACGUAUCAACGACCUUCCAACGUGGGAACUCCCUACUUGGUUACUUCGCAUUUUGCUGUACGUAGUUCCAGAUAUCAAGGCAAUUAUUGGCUUCAUUGGUGUCUCCAACUAUUACACCAGUGAAAAGGCUCAAAAGGUGUUCAAUUGGACCCCAAUUCCUCCAGAAAAAAUUAUUUUGGAUACUGUUGCAAGUCUUGAUGCUGAAUCGAAGAAAUAAAUGUUAAUAAACUAUUGACUGCUAGUUGUGUUCCGAGAUCGUUUGAUUCUCCUGGAUUUUUUUUUAGUUUGUUUAUUAAUUGAAUGUGUGUUUAAAUGACU